AAAAACGUCGAUACUGUGUUGGAAGACGAGCAGCUGCUGAACCCAGCUAUCAAAAGCCUAUUCUCCGUAGUGUAAAUGUAACCGACUGAGUAGGCAUAGUUAUAUAGCUCCUGUCACCCAAUGGCAGGCCUUCAAUGUGUUAAGAUGGAUACAAUAUACAACCUUCUCCAGCAGCACAGACUGGACACCUACCACCACAAAUUCCUCACUUUGGGUGUCCAAGACGAGAGAGAUUUCACCGAUAGCGUAACUGGUGAAGAUUUAGACAAAAUGGGUUUCAGUCAAGUAGAGAAGAAUCGCUUUGAAAAAAUGAAAGAUUUCAUCCAAAGACUCAGAGCGCCACAGCAAGCGAUGCCUGUACAAAAACCAAUGGAGUCUUUCCAACUGUGGUACACAUACCCCCACUGUCCUGAGCUAAAAGAGAUCAGAGACAUGGAUCCUGCUACCAACACCGUUGAAGACCUGAUGCUAAGGAUCUGCCACCAAGAGGGCAUUGAGAACUCUAAAGCUGUGUGCCUCUACACAGUUGAUGGAAUGCCUCUAACUGAUGAUCCUUUCUUCAACACAUGGUCUUUGAAAGACAGGCACAUUGAAAAUGGAAGUGAGCUCUAUGCCAUGUUUACACCCAAGGAGAACUUGAGACCAGCCCUGCUAGUGACACUGCAAGAAAUAACUGACAUGACAGGAGAGGAUAAUGUUCGAUGCCACAUCAUGCUCAAGGGAGACUUUGAGGUCAAGGUGGACUUGGCAAGUGACACAUUACGAGAUCUGAGACAGAAGCUCUCUGAUGAAAGUGGAAUCCCAGCACAUGUCCUCCAUUAUAAAUGUGAACGCGGUGGAGUUGGACAGACUUUGCUAGAUUGUGGAAUCAAUGAGGAGUCAACUGUGUUCUUUUCUCUGUCCUCCUUCCCUGAUGAGCGUCCAGACACUAUGGAAUUCUACUUCAAUGAUGUCGUACCCUCAGUGCAACAAUCCCAGAAAGGACUCAGUGCUUUCUUUUCUUCACUUUAUGCCAUUAGCAAUAGAGAACACCGUUCUGGAGAUAUAUUAAGCAUAGUGACUGCAUACAUCCGAAAGCUCAGUGGGUGCAAUCCUUUGGCCCAAAGUCUGCAUCAGCUGUUGUAUAGAAAUGAGGUUGGAACAAGGACCCAGAAGGUUGCUAUCGUUGAAGGAUUGUACAAUCUCUUCAGAGAGCUGUUGCCAAGCCUCCACAAAAGAAGAGGUGACAAAAUCAUUGAAGACUCAGAUGUUUUUGAGAAUGCACCAGUGUGCUGGGCCUACCUGUUUUCUGAAGCAAAGAAAGAGAGUUCACAACAUGAGGACUAUGUACCGAUAGUCUUGUACUCUCAACCUGGAGAACGUUUCUGCGACCCAGUUCGAAUUCCUGGGUUACCAGAUGUCUUUGAGAGAGAGUAUGUUCUGCAGAAAAUCAAAGAUGGAGAGAAAAUCCCAAACUGCUCUGUGGAGAUCCUGACAGAGACUUCAAUGUCUAGAGCCUCUGAUGUUGAAAGGAUUUUGCUCAGUCUGCCUCCGUUCAUCAAAACAUUCCCUAAGUGGGCUUCAUCUGGACUUGUGACGGGCCAAAAUUUUCAGAUUAUUCUCGAUGACACAUUUGCCAAGAUGAACGAAGAAGUGAAAGAAUACGUUAAUCUGACUGUGACUCCAGCAUUACAGUUGAAGGAUGUUGGAGUAUGUGGGCCACGUCUCGUCUUCUUGGAAGAAAAUAACCUUGGUGUUUACAUCUGUAAACAAAAAGGAUCUCCUCAGGAUAUCUACGUUUUUGAUUGUUUAGCUAUGAAAUUCAAAACGUUGAACGUGGACGAGUUGGCAAAUGUAAUGAGAGACAUCAGAAGUGACCUGACCUUCAUGACCACCAGGACUCCUAAAGAGGCCAUACUGGUGCUAGUGGAUUCAAGCUCCUCCAUGAAUGAGACAUGCUAUGAUUCCGAUGACAACAUGACACGGUUGGAUGCUGUUAAACAGCUCUUUGAUAACUUCGCAACUAGAAGCAUGGCGUACAAUUUUCAUCAUGUCAUUGGCUUGGUGAAGUUUGACUCAUCAGUUAAAACUCUCCACACAUUUACAGAGACUCUGGAGACCUUCAAGGAACACGUACACAAUCUGGAGGCCAAUGGAUGCACUGUGCUGUAUGAUGCCUUGAAACGUGGCAUGUCUCAACUGAAACAAGUUGGAGAGCAAUUUCCAGACUGCAGACUUCGCAUCAUAUGUCUCACAGAUGGGAAUGAUGAUGGAUCAAUGACCGAACCAGAUGCUGUCACAACCAAACUGAUGAGCCUGAACAUUGUUGUUGAUGCCAUCGUUGUUGGAAAGGUGGACAACAACGUGCUGCGUGGAAUCAGCAAUGCAACAGGAGGGUGUUGUUUCAAACCAGAGACGAGUAAAGCUGGUCUGAAGCUUUUUGAAAUGGAAACUGUUCUGUCUUUGGAGAUGAGGAAGCUGAAGAAGAAACUGGACCCAUCCUACAUUAGGAGCGAGAACAUUCUAGUUGCUCUCUUCGCCAACCGGGGUUAUGACGAGAAGCCAGAGGUUGCUCUGCCAAGUGGACUAAACGAUAAAGUGACUGGGACAGAGAAUGCAUUAAAAAAGAAGAUCCAGGAAUCCAAGAGCGGACGCUUUUUGGAGAAGGACAAACGCCUUCUGGAAGAGCUGAAGAGCCUGCACUGUGACCCACACCCAUUCUGCACUGUUCUGCCUUCAGAGUCAGACUUUACGUUUUGGAAGAUUCUCAUGGAAGGCCCUCCUGAUACACCUUAUGAAAAUGGAGCCUUUGAGCUGUACUGUCAGUUUGGAGCUGACUACCCCGUCAAACCUCCACUUGUGCGCUUUGUCACACCUGUGUACCACUGCAACAUAAACAGUGUGGGUCGUAUCUGCCACAACAUAUUUGACCGCAGCUACAACGCUCACAUGACCAUGAGAGAGAUCUUGGAUGCUGUAUAUGGACUGCUCAUCGUUCCUGAACCCCAAGAUCCACUGGACAGUAUUUUGGCAGAGGAAUACCUGACCAGCAGAAACAAGUAUGAAGAAGAGGCCAAGAAGAACACAGAGGAAGUUGCAGGACAAUCAAUGGAUGACAUGGAGAAGAAAUUGGUGGGUGAAGAGUUGACUGAGAAGUUUAUUCCUCCACAUCUGAUUUGUCCACUAACCAAAAAGAUGUUUGUUGAUCCAGUGAUAACCAAAUAUGGAACAAUCUAUGAGCGAAAAGCGAUUGAUAAUCAUAUAAAAACGUACAGGAUUGCGACUGAUCCAAAAACAAAAAAAUUCCUUAGAAGAACUGACUGCAAGCCACACCCAGACAUGAAGAAAAUGGCAAAGGACUAUCGCGAACAGCAGAUUCAGGAAAAUAGUGAUUAAAACACAAUAUGAUAGCCAAAUGUGUGUUCAAAUAAUGUUAAUGAUGGCGAUGGAAGUGGUACCCAUUGGGUUAUUGAAGUAUGAUAAAAAUGUAAAUGUUAUUCAUUGAUUUCUGUACUGACAUUUUCUAGAGGGCUUUUAUUUUCUGAGGGGUUGUAUCUACAUACUUUAUGUGUAGCUAAGAUGUAUAUCCGUGGUAAUUUCCUGUUACUCUGUUAUCAAUCAGUAUAAUUUUUUUAUGUACAUUUUUUUUGUCACAGUUUCCCAGGAGAUUCCCAAUAUCUUGAUAGAGUGAUGUGGGUUACUUUUAAAUGCUAUUAAGGAAAUUCAAUGUGUGAGAUUAGUCGAAGGCCCACAAUGAGGGUGGUGUUUUUUUUCAGUAGUUUACUCUAAUGAAACUUAACACAAUGAUUUAAAUAAUUAUUUGAUAUAAAUUAACACAAGAUAAUACUUUUUAAUAGUUAUUAUCCGAUUAUUGAAGUAUUUCUGAUUGUUCAGUUAUCAAAUAUUCACAAUCUGCCCUGUCAGUUGAAGUUGUAUGUCAACCUUGCCACUCAGUACCUUGACUAAGACUGACACAGUUGUUGGUUUAGUGCAGCGGCUCUCAACCUUUUUUGGUUACUGAACCCCAAUCACAUUGUGCUCUGCCAAGUGAACCCCAAUCACAUUGUGCUCUGCCAAGUGGACCCCCCCCCCCCCCCCAGAUGCUUUUUAUUUAUUUUUAGUUCUGCCACUUGGUGGCGCUGUGUGGCAACUAUAUCACUUCAUGGCCAUUUACCAGAGUUCUCUGUUAACACGUGAGACAAUCAGUUGUGGAAAAAGUACCCAAUUGACAUGCUUGAGUUAAAGUAUAGAUACCUUAAUAGAAAGUUACUCAAGUAAAAGUCACCAAUAAAAUACUAUUUGAGUAAAAGUCUAACCAUAUUUGGUUUAAAAUAUGCUAAAAUAUACUUAAGUAUCAAAAGUAAAAGUAUAAAUUAUUUCAAAUUCCAUAUAUUAAGCAAAGCAGUCGGCACCAUUUUCUAGUUUUUAAAGUGUACUGAGCUAACCCUAA